AUGGAGAAGCUCUCCCUCAUCACUGCAGUUUGUCUCAGAGGAACAUGGAGAAGCUCUCCCUCAUCACUGCAGUUUGUCCUGAGGAACAUGGAGAAGCUCUCCCUCAUCACUGCAGUUUGUCCUGGGGAACAUACAGAAGCUCUCCCUCAUCACUGCAGUUUGUCUCAGAGGAACAUGGAGAAGCUCUCCCUCAUCACUGCAGUUUGUCCUCAAGAACAUGGAGAAGCUCUCCCUCAUCACUGCAGUUUGUCACGAGGAACAUACAGAAAACUCUCCCUCAUCACUGCAGUUUGUCCUGAGGAACAUACAGAAGCUCUCCCUCAUCACUGCAGUUUGUCUCAGAGGAACAUGGAGAAGCUCUCCCUCAUCACUGCAGUUUGUCCUGAGGAACAUACAGAAGCUCUCCCUCAUCACUGCAGUUUGUCUCAGAGGAACAUGGAGAAGCUCUCCCUCAUCACUGCAGUUUGUCCUCAAGAACAUGGAGAAGCUCUCCCUCAUCACUGCAGUUUGUCAUGA